AUGUCGCUCAGCUCAGUGGAUCCCGUCCAGGCUGAUUUUGUGAUCAAAUUUGAGGGAUUUCCAAAGAUUUUUGCGGAUGGCACGAAACGGGCUCCGCCUGGAUUCCUGGACGAGCGUGCCCAGGAGCUUGAGCGUCUUAUGGCGCGUUUACGUGACGUGGGACUAGUGAGCGUGUCUCGUGCAGGCCCGCGCGCACGCGGCCAGGUGCUUGUUUUCGUGCAUAUCGAGCAUGCUGUUUUGCAGGAAAUGCGGCAGAUAGAGCGCUCACAGGACUUCUUGCAUGGCGUUGUCACCGCCGAGGAGCUGAGUAUGGAUGAGCCGUUCAAACCGGCAGAGCGAGUUCGGUACACACACAAGCGCAUUACGGCUCCGUACCGCGCUUCAUCUGCAGAACAAGGAGCGGGCAUCACGGCCCGUUGCGCGGAAUUUCCGCAUGUCAUGGAUAUGAUGCCGCUGCAUGACUCGUCAUUUAAUCAAGCAUGGAUCAAAACGUGGUCGCAUGUAUCGUUAGCGUCCAUUGUAUAUGGCAUUGAUCAGAGUGAGAUUGACAAACUCCGUGAUCACUUUGGAGUGCACAUUGCCAUGUAUUUUGCGUUCCUCAAUGCAUACUCCAAGUCGCUCGUGCCUAUGGCUGUGACGGGCUUCAUUUUCUGGCUCAGCGGCCUGGCCAAUCACCACAUGUAUGCCUGCCUUGUUGUGCUCUGGGCCAUUGCAUUUGUGGAAUACUGGCACAUCCGAGAGCGAAUGCUCGCGGUACGUUGGGGCAUGACGGGUGUGUCGUCUGUCUCAGAGCGCAACAGCCAUUUUACCCCCCGCACCAAGUCGCUGAGCCCCAUUACUGGUAUGGAAGAAGAGGUGUUUGAGAAUUGGCGUCACGAUGUACGUUCUCUGCUUUGCGUUCCUGUUACGAUCUUGUUCCUGGUGUUUCUGGUCAGCACCAUGGCGGCUAUCUUCCUCUUCCAGGUCGUGGUGGACGAAGUGUACGACGGCCCGGCGAAAUCGCUUGUCGCACUCAUUCCAACCAUUCUUUUUUCCACUUGCAUCCCUCUUAUUCAGUCGGCAUGGCGCAUGGCAGCACAAAUUAUGACCAACUUUGAGAACCAUGCCACCGUGCACCGCUUCCAAUCCAGCCUUACGUCUAAGAUUUUUGGCAUGCAGUCUGUCGUAACGUAUGGCAUCCUUGCUCUUACUACGUACAUGUAUUUGCCCUUUGGCGAGUACCUUAUCAACCAACUACAAGUCCACGGCUACCUAGACCGCCUGUUUGCGUUUGUCACGCGUGAUCCGAAUGCAUUCAAGGGCCGGAUUCAGCCAUUCCAUGUGAGUCCUACAGGCCUGCAUGACCAGCUGUUCGCCAUGUCUGUAACACAGCAGCUUAUGAACACAUUCACGGAGGUGAUACUGCCUAUUCUUUGGCGUCACGCCGAAAAGUUUAUAAAUAAGAUCCGUGGCUCGUCACGGAGGAAAGAGCUCGAAGCCUUCGCCAAGACAAAUCGGGACCAAGCAUUUCUCGAGCGCGUUCAAAAUGAGUUUGACCUGGAUGUGUAUGAUGAAUUCACCGACUAUGCGGAGAUGGCGACGCAGCUGGGCGUGAUCUCGUUGUGGUCCGUGCUUUGGCCUCUGGCACCGGUCAUGAGUGUGGUCAACAACUUUUUCGAGCUGCGUUCAGACGCAUUCAAACUUGUGGUCAAUAUGCGCCGGCCUAUACCACGUCGUGUCGAGUCCAUCGGAAGCUGGUCGAGCGUACUCUCCUACCUUGCGCACCUAUCUUUUUUUACCAACUUCACCAUGCUGUUCAUCUUUGACACGUUCAAACCAGACUCAGCAAGCUCUUACAAACCUCCGUCUAAUGAAUUGCGUAAGCGCAUAGAACUGUGGCUCCAACCCUUCUUUGCGGCGCUAUUGCUCAACUAUGCCUUCUCUAUGGUGCCCAGUAUCGUUCGCUACGUCUUAGAACGCACCAUGUGGCAAAACAGCGCCGAGGAUGUAUCCAUCCGCCGCCGAUUGCACCAGAAUCGUGUCGCCCUCAUCAGCCGCUUUGAAAAAUACGACACAAUGAAGCAGACGCACACGUCUGUACCCACGCUGGAUGCCGCGUCCCAACCAGGCUCCUUCUGGCACCCCUCGUCCGACACAGGCGUGUCGUAUAUUGCCAGUGCCGCCAAAGCCACCUAG